AUGCAUAUUGGGUACCUGGAGUGUCUCAACCGAAAAGAUAGUAACUGGCUUAUAAUCAUCAAACUUGGUCAGUUGAUGCAUCUUGUGUCCUCAGACGGAGUGUAUCAACAAAAAAAAAAUCUUGCUCUUCGGAAACAGACUUGGCAAAGUUCAUCACAUAACGCCACAUUAUCCGGUCCUGAAAAAGCUGUUGACGGAUUGAAAACAGACCUAUCCUAUAAUGGACACCAAUGUAGUGUAUCAGCUGAUAAAAGGACUAAUGCAACCUGGUGGGUUAACCUCACCGAUAUUCUAAGCAUACACAAUAUAGUGAUCUACUACAGGACUGACAAUAUUGCUUGGGCACCAUCAAAUCAAUAUACGAGCAGAUUUAUGGGAUUCUACGUGUACAUUUCAAACACAACAAACAAGCAAGAUGGCCAUCUAUGUUUUCAUGACAGAAACUACACCAAUGCCACAAUACCAGAGGUAGCCAACAUAACGUGUCCUGUACAUGGACAAUACGUCAUUUAUUAUAAUGAGAGACCGCCAAAGAACAGUUACACAACUGGACACUCUCAAUAUGCUUUUACUGAACUUUGUGAGGUCGAGGUAUACGGUUGCUCAACUCCUAGACGUUACGGAACUGAUUGUUCAAAGUCAUGCCCGACAAACUGCAAAGAAUACUGUGACAUAGGAUCAGGAAACUGUUUACAGUGUUCUCCGGGUUACAGAGGCGACCGCUGUGAACAAGCAUGUGAGACUGGGUUUUAUGGUGCUGAUUGUAAUCAGACUUGUGGACAUUGCAAAGAUUUUAAAACGUGCAAUCCAAUAAAUGGGACAUGUUCAUAUGGAUGCGCCGCUGGCUUUGAGGGAUUGCGAUGUAACAGAGAAUGUGCAACUGGAUUCUAUGGUGACAAUUGUACCCUGACCUGUGGUAAAUGCAAAGAUUCCAAGACAUGCAAUCCAAUAAACGGGACCUGUGUAAAUGGAUGUAUUGCGGGAUAUGGAGGCGUGCUUUGUAAUAAAGAAAACAUGGCCUAUAAGAAACAGACCUGGCAAAGCUCAAGCCAUGACAGUAACGUUGGUUCUGAGAAAGCUGUUGAUGGACUGAAAACCGAUUUUUCUAAUGGCGGACACCAAUGCAGUAUAUCAAAGGAUGGACAUAAACAGGCAACAUGGUGGGUGAAUCUGUCUGAAAUCCGGAGCAUACAUGAAAGUAACGGCUACACAGCCCGAUUUCCGGGAUUUUAUCUCUACGUAUCGAAUUCCACCAAUAAAUCUAAUGGUCAUUUAUGUUUCCAUGAUACAAACUACACCAGGACCACGAUACCAGCCGUUGCUAACAUAAGCUGCCCUGUUCACGGACAAUACGUCAUCUAUUAUAACGAGAGACCAAUAAAGAAUGAUAACAGAACUGACUUUUCUACAAAUGCUUUUGUUGAACUCUGUGAAGUUGAAGUUUACGGCUGCUCAUCACCACGUCGCUAUGGAUCGGACUGUUCCAAACCAUGUCCGACAAAUUGCGAUAAAUACUGCGACAUAGAAUCCGGGGAUUGUCUUCAAUGUAGGCCAGGCUACAAAGGUUUACGAUGUGAACAAGGAUAA